CUCAGCUUCCUCUCUCACAAGCAUAAAAACAAAAGUAGCGUCUCCAAAACGCGGUUUUCAAUCUCUGCGUUUUCCGCCGAUGGCUCUUCAAGCCACUAGUACGUUCUGCUUCUCCGGUCCAACUUUCCGAUCAACUCCAAACUCAUUCACUUCAAAACGCCGAAUCUCCAUCAAAGCUACUUCUUCUUCUUCAAGACUCUCAAAUUCAAGAUCUAAUCUCAAAGGAAGAGCAUUGUCUAGUGAUGGUUCAUCAACACAAGAGUCUCCUUAUAUAGUCUGUUUUGGAGAAAUGUUAAUCGAUUUCGUACCGACAACUAGCGGACUUUCAUUAGCCGAUGCACCGGCUUUUAAAAAAGCUCCAGGUGGUGCACCUGCUAAUGUAGCUGUUGGUAUUGCUCGUCUUGGUGGUUCUUCAGCUUUCAUUGGAAAGGUUGGUGAAGAUGAGUUUGGUUAUAUGCUUGCGAAUAUUUUGAAAGAUAAUAAUGUGAACAAUGAAGGUAUGAGGUUUGAUCCUGGAGCUAGAACUGCUUUAGCUUUUGUUACUUUGACUAGUGAAGGUGAAAGGGAGUUUAUGUUUUAUCGAAACCCGAGUGCUGAUAUGUUGUUAGAAGAGUCUGAGCUUGAUUUUGAUUUGAUCAAAAAGGCGAAGAUAUUCCAUUAUGGUUCGAUAAGUCUUAUCACAGAACCGUGCAAGUCUGCUCAUAUAGCUGCAGCAAAGGCUGCUAAGGAGGCUGGUGUUCUUCUUUCCUAUGAUCCUAACCUUAGGCUCCCGUUGUGGCCUUCUGCAGACAAUGCUAGGGAAGAGAUUCUGAGCAUUUGGGAGACUGCUGAUAUCAUAAAGAUAAGCGAAGAGGAGAUCGUCUUUUUAACGAAAGGAGAAGAUCCGUAUGAUGAUAAUGUUGUCCGCAAGUUGUUCCAUCCUAAGCUGAAACUACUCCUUGUCACUGAGGGCCCUGAAGGCUGUCGGUACUACACCAAGGAUUUUACUGGGAGAGUGCAUGGAUUGAAGGUGGAUGUAGUGGACACAACAGGUGCUGGCGAUGCAUUUGUUGCGGGAAUACUUUCGCAACUAGCCAAUGAUCUUUCCUUGCUUCAGGACGAAGAGCGACUCAGAGAGGCUCUUAUGUUUGCGAAUGCUUGCGGGGCCUUAACCGUUAAAGUGAGAGGCGCAAUUCCAGCCCUUCCCACCAAAGAAGCUGUACAUGAGGCUCUGCUCAAAGCGGUCGUUUAACAUUCAAUAACACCACCAAUAUGAGAAACACUUUGUACGCCAGCAGAUUUUACAAGUCUGCAUUUUGUUGUUGUAAAAUUGUUGUAUAAUGUACUCAACUUUGUUUGUAUUCUAGUAGCUGUAGAGAUUUAAGCCUUUGAUAAUAUUGUUGAGCCAAGCACUUGAAUCCAUCUUUUGAUCUUUGUAAUUUCUCGAUUUGCAUCGAAGUGAACAAUAGCCAAAGUAACGCAAACUGUAAGCCAAAUUCCAUUUAUCAGAUAAAGAAUUACAUAUCUCUGUAAUGAACAUAUUUUUUGUCU